AUGAAAGCCUUCGUUGUACUGAACAACUAUUCACAAUUAAAUGUCGCGAAUACAACAGGUGCUACCCAGUUGUUACAGUCAUCUGUUUCUUCUUAUAGUAAGCUUGCUACUGAUGAUACCACCACAACGAGUGGUGAUGUGUCAGAUUCUAAGUUAUCUGGAAACACUUCAACAAUUAAUCGUUUACCAUCAGAUCCAGUAAUAACAGAUUUACGCAAAGCCAUCGUAACAGAUUUUAUACGAAAUCCAAAGAUUUUUCGUGGUAAUAAGGACGACGUGACAAAAUGGUUAGAGGAUAUUGAUCAUUUGAUGCACAUUGCACAUGUUCCUGAUACGAAUCAGCUCGAUCUCAUUUCUUAUUCUUUAAGAGGAGAUGCCAGUCAGUGGUUUCGAAAUAACAAAUCAGUACUAACUAGUUGGGAUAAAUUUGUUCAAGAAAUUAAAAAAGCUUUUACUUCGUCCUUUUCGGAAGAGCUAGCGUUUAAAACCCUUGAGUCAUAUACUCAAGGGGAGAAACAAUCUGUCCGUAAUUUUUUUAAUGAAGUUCUAAAGUUAUGUAAGAAGGCUGAUCCUAACAUGAGCGAAUCGACUAAAUUGAAAAAUUUGUUAAACAAAGUCAAGCCUAGCAUGCAACUAGAGGUACGCAAGAAAAAGCCAAAAACAACCGCUGAAUUUGUUGAGCAUGCAAAAGAAAUAGAAGAACUAUUACAAUUAUCUAACAUCAGUACAGAUACAACUAUUAGUUCUGCUUCUAAACCAAUAAAUUUUUCUAAGAAUGACAAUACUUCGAGUACCACUUCUGUACAGUAUUCCAAUAGUACUAACAGUAAUUAUCGUUCAACACCACAAACUAGUUUUCGUGCUAAUCAGGGAUCAUCUAACUAUACGUCUGAUCGAAAUUAUGUAUCUAAACAGGAUCGAGCGCAGGCUUCUAACUCGAAUUAUUAUUAUCAGUCGCCACGUCAUUCUUUAUCCACGAAUAAGUACAAUGAUAAUACAGCUAGUCACACCGGAGCCACCAAAACCUUCAUCAAUAGUCAAAUUCUACAUCAUUUAGUACCAAUGAAUUCUAUACUAAAGCAAUCAUUUCCUUUUUCAUUAGCUGACGGUAUUGCAUCAUUUAAUGUUCUUGGAUUAGUAGAUUUAUCGGUUGAAUUUGAUAAUUUUGUUACUCCGAUAAAAGCUUACAUAGCUCAACAUUUAUGUACUGAUAUGAUAAUAGGCAUGGAUUACAUUAAUAAAUAUAAUAUGAAUAUAAAUGUUCAGAAACAGAUUGUUACUAUUCAGUUACACAAUAAUCAUAUUGUAGUUUCGAUCGUUAAUGUAACAAAAUCUAUUAGAAUACCGGUUAUUUCUUCUACCAUAGUAUUACUUUCUUCUAAUUCAACACGAAAAAUUCCAGUUGCCAUUCCUAUUUCAUCUAUUUCUUUACCAUUUAUUCCAGCUUCUUCAUUUAAGACUCACGUACUUGUUGACAAUAAGAAUAAAAAUCUUAACUUUCAAAGUUAUCGUAGUGACCUUGUAUUAUAUAAAACAAAGAGAUUUCCAAAAGUCAUACGAAAAGGUACAUGUCUAGGGUAUUUGUUGUGUUGUUCUAUGUUUCAACAUCCUCGUACCUUUUAUUCAUCGCACCAUCGUUUACUUGGAGCUACCAGACGUACUGGUAUGACUCCAGCAUCUAGUGACUUGACAAUACAUAGUGAUUCUAGUAAUCGUUCAUCUCAAUUAAGUAACAAUAAUACUCGUACUCCUAUACCACAUGUUAUUAAUACUAUUCCUCAUUCGCCUCCUGCUAGUAGAGCAUAUACUCAACCGGAUCGAGAGGAAGUGAUCUACGAAUUUAUUCAAGAAUUCUUGAAAGCUGGUCUUAUUUCAGAAUCAAAUUCGCUAUACGCAGCGCCAGCGAUACUUGUCAAGAAAAAAGAUAAUUCAUUUCGAUUUGUAGUAGAUUAUAGGCUAUUAAAUGCUAUAACUAUCAAAGAUUCUUCUCCUCUUCCCAAUAUGGAAGAUACAAUCUUUAAAUUGGGAAAAGGAUUUAGUUAUUUCUCCAAACUCGAUCUGAAAUCCGGUUUUUACCAAAUACCGAUUAAUGAAAAUGAUAAAGAGAAAACAGCUUUUAUAACCCCAUUCGGCUUAUAUCAGUUUAAUGUUCUACCGAUGGGAUUACGAAACUCUCCUCCUACUUUUCAAAAAGUUAUGACGGAGACUCUGAAAUCGUGUCGUCAGUUUUCUCUCGUCUACUUAGACGAUAUUAUUGUCUUUUCCAAAUCUUUUUCUGAUCAUUUGGACCAUCUUCAAUCCGUCCUUUCAGCUUUGCAACAGAAAAAUCUAAUCUUAAAUCCACCUAAAUGUGAAUUAGCCGUUCCACAAAUUAAUUACUUAGGUCAUACUAUCAAUAAAAAUUCUAUCAAACCCAUGAAUGAGAAGAUAGAAGCUAUUUUACGAAUAAAAGAACCGCGUACUUUACCUCAAGCGAAUCGCUUUCUAGGAUCUUUAGGAUGGUAUAGAAAAUUUCUACCAAAGUUUGCGGAAGUAGCAGCACCAAUACAUGCUGUUACUAAUCUUACGAGGCCUAACCGACGAAAGUUUAAGUGGCAAGCUGCUCAAUCAAAAGCCUUCCACCAACUUAAAGAGAUGCUUACCACCGAACCUUUAUUUCUACAUUUUCCUGUAGAUAAUUUACCUGUAGUAUUAACUACAGAUGCUAGUGAUAUCGGAAUAGGUGGCGUUUUACAGCAAGAAGUCAAUGGGCAACUUCGUAAUCUAUACUAUCAUUCUCAAGUUAUUACUCCAUGUCAAAGAAAAUAUAGUACCAUCGAGAAAGAAGCCCUAGCUAUCUAUAAGUGUUUAGAUCGUAUGCGUUCUUUUGUAUUAGGGAGAAAUAUUAUCAUUAUGACUGAUCAUUGCCCCUUAUGUUAUAUAAUGCAAAAGUCUAUUAAUAAUAAGAGGGUGAAUCGAAUCACGCACUUGAUUCAAGAAUAUAAUAUCGAUAAAGUCGUUCAUAUUCGCGGUCAGUACAAUUGUCUACCUGAUUAUCUCUCACGUUACUCAAAAGAACCCUUUGAUGAUAUAUUCGAUAUUGAAUACGGCUUAGCUAGUAAAUCUCAUUCGAUCUUAUCAUCAGCAACAUUAAAUAAUGGUACUAAGAAUUUAACAUCAGAUUCACCAGUUUCUUCUACUAAUCCGAAUGUUUUAGCAGUCAUGACUCUAAGACCACGUAAACAUCGAGUUGAUUAUACAAAAGAACAUAUUUCUGAUGGAAAUGACGUGAAUAAUCAUCAUGACUAUAUAGAUACAUCGGAUUCUAGACAUAAAAGGAAAUCUAAAGUCGCAUCAAAAAUUUCACAAAACUAUUUCGAUAUAACUCAGUUACAAGUUGAACAAGAUCGAGAUACUAAGAUACAGAACCUAAUAAAAAAUUUAUCUACUACAUCGAAUCCAAGUUCAUUUAUCUUAGAAGAUAAUAAACUGUACAAAUUAAUUAGUUGUCAGAAUAGUUCUAAUCGAAUCAUUAAAGCGUUAUAUUUACCAUCAUCUAUGAUAAAUUCUCUAUUAAAAGCAUGUCACGAUGAUCCGUUAACAGGCGCUCACUUUUCUACAGAUCGCAUGUAUUAUAAAAUUCGUCCUCAUUUUUGGUGGCCCGGAAUGAAAGCCACCAUACAACGUUACGUAAAGUCUUGUAGUUUAUGCACGCAAUUUAAUAUAGAUCGUGCUAAACGAUACGGUCACUUAUGUUCUAUUCCACCGCCUGAAGGACCAUUCACUUUAAUAGGCAUUGAUUUUUGUGGACCAUUGCCUAGGACUCCUCGUGAGAAUCAAUAUGUGCUUAUUAUCACAGAUUAUUUUACGAGACAUAUAACAGGAUUAGCACUUCCUAAUUGCACAGCAGAAACUGCAGCGCGCGCCUUAUUUGAUGAUUUUUUUUGCAAGUUUGGUAUACCUUCAGUUAUCUUAAGCGAUCGUGGAACACAUUUUCAAAAUAAGUUAAUGGAGAAUCUACAAAAUCUCAUAGGAUACAAUCAUAUUUAUAGUACUCCCUACCAUCCCCAAACAAAUGGUGUCGCAGAGCGUUUUAACGCUACUUUUGUAGCUCAGAUUUCGAAGUUACAAAAUGCUCAACAUAACAAUUGGGAUGAGUACUUGCAAGCCGUUGUCUUUGCUUAUAAUACAGGAGUACAUAAGUCCACGAAAUUUUCUCCCUAUGAGUUAUUAUACGGUCGUACUGCUCGUCUACCUAUUCAUAUACAACCUAAAGAAUUUACAUUUCUCAAGCCUAAUGAUUAUUUUGAACAACUAAAGAAGACGUUACGUAUAUUUCAUCAGGCUUCGCGUGACAAUAUAUUAUGUCAACAACAAGCUAAUCAGGCGUAUUACAAUAAGAAUCGUCUUGAUCCACAAUUGAAAUUAGGAGAUAAAGUUUUCACACGUGUGUAUGUUUCGAAAGGAAAAUUAGAUCCGAAAUUCUCUCCUAUUCCAAAAAUCGUUGUUGAAAUUCAUCACCCAAUGUAUGUAGUCGAAGAUGAGUGUACGCACAUAAGAUCACAAGUACAUAUAAGCGAUAUACGACAGAUUAGUUUUGAAUAAUAUUUUACAUCUUUUAUUCUAACAUAAUGUUCUUUUGAUAACAGUUUCGUCGUCUAUUACUUUAUAGGAAUAACACCUAUCAUUUCUAUUCUAUCAUGAUUUUAUUGUUUAUUAUUAUACUAAUAGUUUCUAGUUACGGAUAUAAUAGAUACUUAUGUUUAUUCUUACGACCGAAGUGAAAAGUCCUUUGAAUAACAUUAGCUUUCUGUUAUGGGAAUUAUGUUGUUACUAUGGCGCCGUAGGAGAAUAUAAUUGAAUAAAUUAAAAAUCUGUAUAAUAAUAUCGGAUGAUCAUGGUAUUAUAAAACUUCAAUUUUCAUUGAUAUCAAACCUUUAUACAUCAUCUUAUAGCUUUAUUUAAACGUUUUCUUAUUUACAUUUCUAUAUACUUCUUUUUUUUCUUUUCAUUUUUCUAUCUCAACUAUACGUACCAUCCUACACAUCAUUUAACAUCCAUUACAUAGUUCAAUCCAUUCUAUUCUUAUAUCUUGAUUAUGACAUCUUCAUCAACUAUCACUUCAUCAUUUUUAAUAAUAGCCGAUAGUCACGGCAAAUGUCUGGAACCCACUAUUAUUACACCUCAUAAUUGUAUUAAAACAUAUUCUAUUUCGGGUUUACAAUGGUCUAACAAAUACGAUCACAACUUAAGUUUGUUUUCUUUAAUACAUACAGACACAUUUGCUUCUUUACUUUCUACAACAUCUAACAUUCUCUUUCUCGUCGGAACAAAUUCUGUUCGACAUUUACCGGCAACAGAUGUCAUUCAACAAAUUGAUCAAUUCCUUAUAUUUCUUUUUUCUCAUUAUUGUCAUCUAACACAAGGAAACAUCAUAAUAACAACUUGCCUUCCUUGUUUAAAACCAUCUAUUCGAUAUUCGAAUAUUUCAUGGUUAAACGACAACAUUGAUCAUUACAACCACCUAUUACUUUCACUCUCAACCAAACAUAAAUUUUAUGUUUUGGAUUUACAUUUAUCAUUCGAAUGGUUAGGUUCUGAUCGACUUCAUAUUGAUUAUAUCUAUCGUCAUCAGUUUGCUAACAUUAUUUUGAAUUAUAUCAAUAACAUGAAUCUAAAUCAAAAUGUCUCUGCUAAUGUUUCAACUCGUUCACGUGAAUCUAUUUCUUUUCGUAAUAGAAAAAGAAAUUUCAAAAUCAAACAAGUUCAAAGAGACUUUACUUUGAUUCGGGAAAUUUCUUCAGCAUGGUCAUAUAAACAUAUAAAGGAUUUUUUGAAACACAGUAAUGUUCGAUUUGGUAGACUAUUGAUUCUAUCACAUCAUAAAUUACAUUUACAUUUCAAUAAUCUAUCACAAAUGGUACAUGCUGAUCAAGUGUUAACUAAUAACACGUUUAAUUAUGAUAAUUUCUAUUACUGGAUUCACCACAAUUAAUAGAAUUUUUUUCCAUUUGUUCCUUUUUUCAUACUGUUGUUUUUUCUCAACGUUUAUGUUUUCGUUUUCUUGUUAAUUUCUAUCGUGUUAUUUCGCAUCUCUCCCUUUAUGAAUCAUUCUUUUCUUACUUUGACUGCCCUGUAGGGCAUGUCAAGCUUAUGAUUGGUACCUUCCGGGAAGGGGAGGUGUGAGCGCCUGUAGAUGUUGUUAGUUAUCAACUACAGUGUUCCGCUCUAUUUAUUGUUGUUCUGUUACGCAAUCGAUUGGAAAACACCGCUCACGUGAUUGAGUUAGUUGAUAUUACGCACAUGUAUAUAUUUAUAUAUAUAUGUAUGUUCUUUGUUUUUCUCAUCAUCACCUUUUUUCUGUUGAUUGUCAUCAUCUUUGACAUUAUUAUAUUUUCUUGUUUUGGUCAAAUAUAUAUAAAUUUAUAUUUAUAUAUUAUCCAACAGCUUCAUAUCGAUUUAUAUAUGUAGGCUAUAUCAUAUAUAUAUACAGAGAAGUUAAGCUCAGUAAGAUCAUCCCCCAUUACAGAGCUAACAGAAUCGUCGUGCGCAAUCGCGGCGAAAGUGAUGUGUUUUGAUUGUUGCGACUUACGUGCGCAAGACGGCAUCAACCUGAGGUGCAUGGAAAAAGUAUCGAUCAAAGUGUUUGAAAGAUCUUUCAUAGUAUUUCAAAGAUCUUUCAAAGAGGUUUCGAACAAGUUUUCAUGUUUUUCCCGGUGGGAAACGGUGGGAAAAAGUCGGAAAUUACAUCGUUUCCGGCCGGUUCUUGAAGGAUCCGGAGGCCGGAAUCGUUGACCUGGGUAUGAGUGCCUGAGACAUAUUGAUAGUUUUUCCCACAAAUUGUCAUCGUAUAGAGCUGAAAUUUUCAGGAUAAAUCGAGUAAUUGAGCAUGCAUCUGUAGUAUAAAAGUCGGACCGAAUCGCAAUAGUAGAGAGAAGUAAUUGAAAAAAUACAAUAUGUGGUUUAUUUUGAGUAGGCGGAUAGUUGGGUAGGGACCACUAUUUGUUUACAUAUAAACUGAAUUUUGUCGAGGAGCAGAACCUGUGAAACACCUUUAAUAAGCUUAAAUAAAAUAGAUUCAAAUUAGCAUGCUCUUAUCACACACUGAUAGCAGAGUGAAAACUUAUGAAGCUUUUCACCAGAGCUAUAACGGAAGGAUCUAAUAUAAAUAAUGCAAAUUAGAGAGAAAUACUAAUAAAUUCUAAUGAAGAAGCACUGCUCCAUUUUGUUUCGAUCAUAGAACUUAGAAACGAAAUGACUUGAUAAAAAAUAUAUGAAGUGUAUUUCGAUGAAUAUUGACUAAAAAUAAACAGUCUAAUCCAUGUUGUUUCCAUAGAAAUUGUCAUGAAUACCAGUAAGGCUAGUUUGAUAUUCAAAAAUAAACACUUCUGUACUCAAUUUUGGCAAGAAAAAGAGAAAAAGAAUACGCGAAAAAAAAUUAAAAAACUUCUAAACCAGUCCGUUACUAAUUGGUAAGGAAUCCUAGACCAGGUCGACCGUUUACCGUGACCGAUUGUAACACUACUCUAUAACCUUUUGGGCUGUAUCCGAAGGUGAUCCCUAUUACUUCUCGAGACCUAUCUGGGCUGAUCGCUAUAACAUUGUUGGCCCUAUUGGAG